UCUGGGGUCGGGGCUGAGCUCCGACGGUGCGGUGGAUCUUGCGGGGAGGAGCGCACGAGCGGCGUCGCAGGAGGCGCGCAUGGUGAGGAGAGCGCGGCUCCCCGGAGCCCGGGCGCAGCAGCACAUGGCGGAGCCGGAGCCGAGGCCGCCCCCGAUGCGCCUGAAAGAGUGGCUCGUCGCGCAGGUGGACAGCGGCCGCUACCCGGGGCUGCGCUGGGAGAACGGCGAGAAGACGCUGUUCCGCAUCCCCUGGAAGCACGCGGCCAAGCAGGACUACCGGCAGCAGGAAGACGCGGCGCUCUUCAAGGCAUGGGCCGUCUACAAAGGCAAGUACCACGAAGGGCUGGACAAAGCCGACCCCUCCGUCUGGAAGACCCGCCUGCGCUGUGCCUUGAACAAAAGCACCGACUUCAAGGAGGUCCCUGAGAGGAGCCACCUGGACAUCUCGGAGCCCUACAAGGUGUACCAAAUCCUCUCGGAUGUGUCCCAAGAAACAGAUAAGGAAAAUAGCAAAGAGCCCCUCCUGCAGGCAAGGCAGCCCCCAACGUUGGCACACCAAGAGACCAGAGAAAAUGGAAAACCAAACAAGGUCAGAACACCGUCAGAGUCGGGCCAGGCCAGCAAGGAUGAACCACUGGUGACCCUACAGAGCGCCCCAGGGACACCCCAGGCCCCCCAGCAGCCAAGCCACGGAGAGCACCAGGGAUACCAGGUGAAAGGCUUGUUCUACAGCUGGAACCUGGCAUACUCCCAAUGCCACCCAAGUCCCUCUGCUGCCGGUCCCAACCCCCAGUACUCUGACAAUCAAAACAUCAACUCGGACUGCUGGCUCCACGUCCGCCUCUACUACUGUGACACCUUGGUGAAGGAGGUUGUCACCAAAACGGCGGAGGGCUGCCGGAUCACCUAUCGCCCGGUGCCGGCUGACAACGUGUGCCUUUACGGUUCGAGUGGCCUGGAACAGGUGCUGUUCCCUUCUCCGGACACCUCAGCCGGGAGCAGCCAGGGCGGCAGAGCAACUGGGGUCUUGCAGAGGCUGCUUCCCCACCUGCACCGGGGAAUCCUGCUCUGGGUGGCUCCCGAAGGAGUCUUCAUGAAACGGCAGUGCCAGGGCAGAGUGUACUGGAAAGGGCCGCUGGCCCCCCACGAAAACCAGCCCAACAAACUGGAGAGGGAGAAAACCUACAAGCUCCUCGACACCCAGCAGUUCCUGCAGCAAUUACGGGGCUUCCUGGUUGACGGACACGCGCCACCUCAGUAUCAGAUCUGCUUCUGCUUUGGGGAGGAAUAUCCUCCUGCUCCCACCCAGAAACUCCACAAACUCAUCAUGGCGCAGGUCGAGCCAGUGUUUGCUCACGAUCUCUGCCUCCACGCCCAGAAGCUGGGGCCUCGGUUCCUGCAGGACUCUCGCAUGGGCACCCAAGAUGUUCCCAAGAACAUCAUCCAGAUCCUGAAGCAGCUGUCCCCACCUUGAAUCUGCUGGAAGGGAAGUGGCAUCCUUGGCUCGGUGGCUGAAGGACAAGGGACUUGCGGGCCUUAGGGUUAAUAGAUUCGUAGAAUUGGAGAGUUGGAAGGGACACCAAGGGUCAUCUAGCCCAACCCUCUGUGAUGCAGGAAUCGGGGCAGGGGAGAAAACUUGUUGCCUCUCCUGACUGCUUGUCCUGGUUUAGUCACCUGUGUAAUAUGCCCCUGCUAUGCUAUCCAGUGCCUGACUUGUUUGAAUAGAGGCGUUUGUUUUUCGCAAGCCCAGGUGAUGUUUCUUAACUGUACCAUUUAAGAAGCUUACAUAUGAAAUACACACAUAACAGGGUUCUAGCCUAGUUUUCACACUAGUUUUCCUCCCUGCAUAGCAUCUUGUGCACAUGCAGCCUGAAAUGGUACAGCUCAGAUGCAAAUCCUCAGUUUGGUUUACUGUUUUGAGGUGUCCUCUGUUUGAGGGUCGCCCAGUUCAAAUCUGGUUUGAGGUUAGGAACCCUAAGAAGGGAGAGCAGGGAGGGGGGAGGAGGCUUGAAGUUGCCCACCUUGUCGGCACCCUGAGCAGGCAAGACAGAAGUUACCUGGGCAGUCGAUAACCCCUCAAUGCUGAGGCGCACUGUAUUUCUAUUUAAAUUACAGCAGUCAUUUCUACAAUUCAUGUUAUAGCCACAAAAUAACCAUAAUAAUAUUUUUGUUAUUUAUAUGCUUGACUGGGUUGCUCCCAACAAAAUAUUAAAAACACAAUAAAAAUCCACCAUUAAAAAUUGGCCUGCCUUUAGAUGUCUCAAUAUACAAACCUAUGUCCUCUGGAUAUUUUUACUCUGGCUGUGCUUUUAAUGUGUUUAUGCACUCUUAUUUCAGUGUGACCAGACAAUCAUGUGACCAGAUUGAGGUUGAAUCCUGACAAGACAGAAGUACUGUUUGUGGGGGACAGGAGGCGGGCAGGUGUGGAGGACUCCCUGGUCCUGAAUGGGGUAACUGUGCCCCUGAAGGACCAGGUGCGCAGCCUGGGAGUCAUUCUGGACUCACAGCUGUCCAUGGAGGCGCAGGUCAAUUCUGUGUCCAGGGCAGUUGUCUACCAGCUCCAUCUGGUACACAGGCUGAGACCCUACCUGCCUGCAGACUGUCUCGCCAGAGUGGUGCAUGCGCAGCUCUGGUUAUCUCCCACUUGGACUACUGCAAUGCGCUCUACGUGGGGCUACCUUUGAAGGUGACCCGGAAACUACAGCUAAUCCAGAAUGCGGCAGCUAGACUGGUGACUGGGAGCGGCCGCCGAGACCACAUAACACCGGUCUUGAAAGAUCUACAUUGGCUCCCAGUAGGUUUCUGAG